AUGUCUUUGCCUUUGAAGCAUAUAUUGAAAGAGUUGGAGACUUCUCCGUCCUCUGUAAUUCCAAUACUCUCGACUUUACACAAUAAUAAGGCUAUACUUCAGACAAUCUCUAAGCAAGACAGAAAGCAUCUUGUAAGUAGAACAUUAAAUUUGACCAGAUCUCCAGUUCCUUAUAAUAAAUGGUGUGGUGUGAAUAUUCUAUUUGUUUUGAGUGAUGAUUACACUGUACUUACUGAAGAUGGAGUCCACAUACUCGCUCAAUUAAUUAAAAUCGUUGAACAACAAUCCCGUUCUGGUAGUUUGCUUGCAUCUGCAGUUGACUGUCUUAACAAGGUCUGCAACCAAAUUAGAGGUAAGCCCACUUUGACAAGAGAAAUUCUUACUCCAAAAUUACCUACCAUUAUAUCAUUAUUUAUGGAAAAGUUAGAAUUAGAUCCAUCUUUGUUUAUUCACUCUUUACAAACAUUUAUGAAAAAGCAUCCAACUACUUUCAGACCGUUUGGAAAUAAACUCAGAGCCAGAAUUUUGGAAUUCUUGAAUAGUGAAAAUUUCUCCAAUUACCCCCAGAAGUUAAAGGAGCUUGUCUAUUCUACAUUAGCAAGCUUACCGGUUAUCGAAAAGACAGAACCUGAAGCAAAAUGGCAAGCAGAUGUCCAAAACUUGAUUCAUGAAAUGGUUCAGGUUGUCUUGAUUUACAGAGAAUUCUUGAACUUUAAUGACGACUCUGAAUUAGUACUGAUAAUUCAGAAGAUUCCUCAGACAGUAGGUGAAAAUCCUGCCCAUUUCAAAGCGUUAAGUGUUGACGUAAAUGACACUAGGCUGUUAUACUUAAUUUCUGAGCGUUUCAGUAUUUUAUGUGGAAUUCUUUCAGCUUUUAUCAAUACUGACACCCUGUUUGCCGUGAGAGUUCCAAUGGGGUCUGUGCUUGCUAUGUGUGACAUCGUCUGCUCUAUUAACUCCAGAUUCAUUUCAUUUAGAAAUGAUACUCAUGAUCCAGAGUUGAAAUCCACCAUCAAGUCAACAUUAACACUCAAUCAAAUUAGCAUUACCAAAUUAUUAUCCAAGAUACCAGCAAUGUAUGUGGGUUCAGUAUUACCACAUUUGAGUAAUGUCUUAUCACUUUUGGAAGUGCUUAUUCCUUUCUCCAAUAAAAGGAUUGAUGCUUCAGAGUUGUUCAACAUGGAGCAGUUCAUGGCUGAUUUACUUGAAUGUGUCACUAAUUGGUUGAAUUUGACUUCAAGCUUAAGCGACACUACUCAAGUAUUGAGAUUUAUUGAAGUGGCAUUGAUCCUAUCUGAGCCUCAAGAUGUUUCAGAAGUCUCUUCAAACUCAAGUAAUGGAGCCCAGAAUACCUCCAAUGGUUCAGGAAAAAAGAAUAAAAAUAACAAAAAGAAGAGCCAUUCUUCAGUUCCUUUGUCUGAUCUCUUGUCGCAUCAGCAUUUAUUUACCUCUUCUGUUUCACCACGCACUGUUCAGAUUAUCCGUCAAUUCAUUAAUGCAACUCUUAAAAAAGUUACUAUUCCUCCAACCCAGUAUUACAAAAUAAUGAGGUACAUCUUUGUUGAAGCGACAAGGGCAAAGAGAUACAGCCUUGAGAGUGAAAUCCCCGUCAGCUUGAAAGACCUUUUAGUAGAUGCUGUAUUAUAUCCAGGUAAUGAAGGUGUUUCAUUGUUACCAUUGGUUAGUAGUUUACUAGGAAAUGAUCCAAUUAUUAGUGUAUUCAAUAACCCAAGAUUCCCACCUCUUGCUAAGUAUGCAAAAACACAAUCGGAGUAUGACAUAGAAGAGGAAGAUGAAGAGGAAAACGAAGAGGAAGAUGAAGAGGAGGAAAUACAGGUAUUAGCGAACGAUUCUGUCAAGUCCAAACCUAAUUCAGUCAAAGCUGAAAAGUUACAUUCCAUUGACGUAUCUGCAGAAGAGCCCUUUAAAAGACAGAAGAUUGUGGAAUCAGAAGUUACCCAAGAAAGUUCUACUAUUACCGAAUCGAUACCUGAAUCUAUGAUAUUCAAAAGAAAUGAGGAUACUGAAACUUUUGUAAAAGAAGUUACUGAUGUAGUCACCCUUGAAGAAAUUCCACCUUUCACCAAACCUGAAUCAGUAACACCAGUCAUUACGCAUGAUACUUCUACCCAGCUCAUUGCAACUGUUGAAGAAGAUGAUAAUUCGGAUUUUGAAAUGCCUAGUAUUGAUGUAGAUGACGAUGACGAAGAUUAA